AUGUAUUUGUUAUACCAAAAAUCAUAUGAAAAAUCAACUUUUGGGGAUCAAAAAUUUGGCCUAAUUCUAAGGAUGCGCGGAUAUGAUAGGGGAUGUGUUCAAUCACGUGAAUCGCAAAAUAUUUGUCACGCAUUAAAACUCAAAAACGAUGUGACACUAUCACUUAAUGCCGUAAUUCGGGCCAAAAACCCUAUUAUUCAUGUUCUUGGAGGGAUCGAUUAUAAUGGCAAGGACGAUUAG